UAAUGCUAUUAAAUAUUUGAUUAUUGUUUCAAAAAUGUGCUCAAACUAUGCGUUGGACUCAAUGGAUAGGUUUGGCGACGAUUUGUGUGAAGUAUUGUUGAGUUAUCUGUCAUUUGAGGACCGAUUCCGAUUCGCUCAACAUUAUGGCCAUAAAUUACGGUCGUUUAAAGUUUGCGUGGGAUUUGGUUCGGGCGAAGAGGCUAUCAAACUGUUGGCGAGUAUAUCACAAAUGCCGGCAUUGAAUGAGUUAGUGAUUGGCGGCGAUUAUAAUGUGAGCCAACACUUGGCCGGAGGGUUGCAAAAAAUCGGUACGAAUUGUCCGAAACUUACGAAACUUACGCUAAACAGUGUAAAUGUGGAGUAUAUGAACGAUACGCUUGUGAUUAAAGCAGACACUAUUGAGACAAUUAAUUACCACAAGAAUCGCGAUUAUCUA